GUAGAAAAACAAAAUUUAGAAAGCAAAACAAAAACAAGAAAAGAAAAAAAAAAAAGGGUGUAAGGUUAUGUUGAUGAGGCUGUGUUGGUUUGUACUUUAAUGGGAGGGAGGGUAGUAUAGUAGUAGUAGUAAACACUGUAAACAGUGUGUAUAGGGAGAAAGAGAGAGAGUCCCCACCACCCAUGUGCCCUCCUCCUGUCUCCACCAACUCCUGCCCCUCAAUCAUUGAUUUGCUCCCCUUCUUCACUUCCAUUUCCUCCCAACUGGGUUCCCUUUUUUUUCCCCCAAAACAGUGAAAAAAAAGAAGCCCACUCUAAAACUAUAUACACAAAAGAUAAGGAGGAAAAGCUUUUUUCCUGAAUGAGCGAUUCAACCAUCUGUUAAGUCUGCUCUGUUUUCUUCCUGCUGAUUUCCCACUAGUUUGAAAAAAAGGGGUUGUUUUCUGCUAACCUAUGUCAUCGGCCUCGGCAGCAGACGGCAACGGUAACGGUCACGGAGCAAUUAUUGACCAAAGGGUUGCUGCUAAUUCCAGCAACGGCACUGCUUUGGCCGUCAAGAAGCCGCCGGCCAAGGACCGGCACAGCAAGGUUGAUGGUCGGGGUCGGCGCAUUCGUAUGCCCAUUAUUUGUGCCGCUAGGGUUUUCCAGCUCACCAGGGAGCUCGGCCACAAGUCUGACGGCCAGACUAUUGAAUGGCUGCUCCGUCAGGCUGAGCCCUCGAUUAUAGCCGCCACCGGAACCGGUACUACUCCGGCCAGUUUCUCUACUGUUUCUCCUGCGUCUGCGCGGAAUUCGGGUUCGCUUUCGGCUCCGUUGGACCUUAAGCCGCUGUCGUCUCCUCAGUCUUUGAUUGCGCCGACACCGUUUAUUCUCGGGAAAAGGCUUAGGUCGUCUAACGAGGAAGACAGUUUGAAUGAUAAGGAUGAUGGCUCGGGUUCUGUUGUGGGACCCGCUGCUGUGGGCGGGAGUUUCUGGGCCCUCCCUGCCCGGCCCGACUUAGGGCAAGUAUGGAGCUUUGCCGCCGCGGCCGCCGCUGCGCAACCGGAGAUGGUGGUGCCGACCUUGGGUGGGCCACAGCAGUCUAGCGUUGCGAGGUUUCUUCAGCAAGGGAGUCCAAUGGGGGAAGCGUCGGCGGCCCGUGUAGGGAAUUACCUGCCAAUGGCUCAUCAAGGCCACCUAAAUUUGCUUGCUUCAUUGUCUGGUCCUCCUCCACCUUCAGAACAAAGAGAAGGCGAUGCACGUUGAGAUUCUGUGCUGAUUGUGGUUCUUACCCGUUCUCCAUUCUCGCUGUUAAUAUGUGUGUGUGCUUUUAGUGCUUUUAAGUGGUUGUUUUGGUUUGAUUUCGUCUGUUUAGUGGUAAGAAUCCUUUGAUACAUAAGUCUAGUCCGUGAUAGCAUGUAGUAAGAGAGUUGCUCAAAUGCGAGUUUGCUGUUUUUUUUCUCCAUUUGUUGUAGUUUGCUUGGAUAUUCGUUUGAAUGCUGUUGGGAUAGUAUUCAGCAUCAUCUUGUAUUGUUCAGAGUGUUGUUAUUGGUAUUGCAAAAUGCAGCUGCUGAACAGCACCGUUAGGGCAUGAAAUGGCAAGGGCCUAUUUCAUUUAGUGAUUUUGUGAAACAAUUAGUCAAAUAAUGAAUUUAUUGAUUUGUCUACUUUGUAAAAUGUAUAUCUUUUACUUUUACAUUUUUUCUUUUGGCCCCCUUUGUGGUUUUCAUUUUUGAUCUCAAUGCUGUGUGAAAUGCACAAAUGCAUUAGUAUUUACAUUGAAGUUCGACAUCGUCAACAUGUGCUUGGGACGGUGAACAAGGAGAUAAGUGUCACAGGUGUCUGGUAAAUGCUGGAGCUUUAUAAGUAUCUGAAGUUGAAAUUGUGGUUCAGAAAGCUUUCUUUGUUUGGAAACUUCCAUAUACUUCAUACACUAUUCUAGUCUUGGCUUUUGCCUAGAAUCUCAUCGUAAGAGCAUGUUUAUUUGGAAAGAAGAGACUUUGAGUUCAAGAUUUGUUUGAAAACUUGCCAACAAAAAAAGCAGUCUGUUGGAGCUAGAGCGGAGG